AUGGGCUCCAUCAACCGUGAACCGAGACGCUUUGAAGUGACAAAGGUGUAUAGCCACCCACAAGCCAAGGCCGAGAUCAUACUUGUCCAUGGUCUCAAUGGCAAUCCUAGAAAGACGUGGACGUCCGGGACGCCACCAAACGAUGUAUACUGGCCAACAGAUCUGCUGCCUACGUCGCUGCAGAACGACCAUGCCGACAUCUUAGUGUAUGGCUACAACGCAGAUGUCUUCACUACGACCUCUUGGCCAUUCUUCGGACGAAGAGAUGGGGAUAAGGACAAGGACGGCCACCACGACCAAUAUGGAAUACCCAAGGCAUCAUCGCCCAGCGAUAACGAUAUCAGACAACAUGCUCAGAGUCUUGUUGCAACCUUGACGGCCUUUCGGAAGAGCCAGGGCACUGAACGCCUGCCACUCAUCUGGGUGGCACACAGUUUAGGUGGCAUUCUUACCAAGGCUGCUCUUUUAUACUCGAGCUCCGUGCGUACAUCCCAUCAGGAAGAGUUGCGUGGGAUUUUUGUGUCAACAUAUGCCAUCAUCUUCUUGGGGACUCCGCAUCUUGGCUCUGACGCUGCCGCUCUGGGGCUGAUUGUCCAGAGGAUGGUCGACUCGCUGGCACCCAGGAAGUGGUUUGACUCCGAAUCAGUGCUGCUCAAGACGCUUAAGAAGGACAGUGAGACGUUGCGGGCAAUCAAUGACCAAUUCCUCGAGAUCUACCAGAAGUUUCGGAUCCAUAUGGUUCAUGAGAACCACAAGACAGAUGUGAAGGGAACAAAGGUCUUGAUUGUUGAUCCCUCCUCUGCUGGUCCACAACUGCCUGGUGUUCGGUACUACGGUAUCGAGGCCACCCACUCAGGCAUGUGCAAGUUUGCUAGCGUGAACGCUCCUGGCUAUCUCACUGUCUCUACCGCGCUCCGAGAAUGGGUCCAUAACGCUCCCGAGGUCAUUGCUGUCAGGUGGCUCCGUGAAGAACAAGAACGUAGAGACGCAGCGUAUAUUGAAGCUGCUGAUCGAAUUCAUGAAUUUGCUCGUUCACCACUGAACUCGCAGCAACACCUGAGUGUGCCCCACCAUUUUCGUAACUCCUAUUUUAUCGGCCGCGAAAAUGAGCUCCAGCGGCUACAUGAGAUGCUCAUGGACCGCAAGCGUCGGUCAGAGGGAACUUCGGCUGUGUUAAUUCAAGGCAUUCCUGGAGUCGGCAAGACACACCUUGCCAGACAGUACAUUGUCGGGCAUCGCUGGGACUACCCGGGGGGAAUCUUCUGGGUGCGGGCCAAGUCCAGGGGUGAGAUGGAUCUUGCGUUCGCGCAAAUCGCACACGCUGCUGUGGCCGAGAUGCGUGCCAGGGGGAUUGAGGCGAACUAUAAUGAGGGAGGAGACCCGGAUAAGACGGCAGAUUUCGUCGUGCGCUGGCUCAGCGGCCGCAAGGACUGGCUUAUGGUGUUCGACGGCGUGCAUUUUGAUACUCCUGGGCUAGACCGGUUCAUCCCCGACGUGCCCGGUACCAGCAUCAUCUACACAUCGACUGAAACGGCGGUGCCAGACGAGUACCGCUUCGACAGUCCGCAAAAACUAGAGCUGGGGGUGUUGACUAAACAACAGGCCCAAGAGCUGUUACUGUGGGAGUUGGAUCGGUCGCGUUCGUGGAGCGCAGAAGACAAGACGAAUGCUUUGCAACUGGUCGAGUUGAUGGGCCGCCUGCCGAUUAUGAUUCACCAGGCAGCUCAGCAGAUGAAGGAGACGAGGGAGCCGCUGGCGAAAUAUCUCAGGUCAUAUAAGAAGUGGCCACAAGUCUCGGACGUGCCAUCAUUCAAGAAGGUGAAGGAAGAGCUGGAGAACAGGGGUGAAACGGCAGCACUGAAUCUGAUCUCCCUGCUUGUGUGGUUCGACCAGCAUAUUCCCGUGGAGAUGGUGAUGCUUGGGCUAUCCGCCCUCGACAAGGUCACUCCAGUUCGCACUCCGGUCCCUGGUCGUGCUCUUUCCACCUUGAACAGCACCCUUCGCAUUCUCAUCGCCUUUGGGCUGAUCCAGCGUUACGAGAGCGGCGACUUCUCGCCCAUCAGCUCUCGCACCAACUCCAAGCGCAGUCUCGACUCUUCGUCUACAUCGUCCCAGAGAACGCCUGCGUCUUCGGUCAACUCGCACUCCUACAGCCACCACGGUCAUCUCGACAUCCUCCGUAUCCACAGCGUCAUUCAGGCCUUCUUUAUCGAUGCGAUGUACCAGCAGAACCAGGCAGCGUUCUGGCUGAGCCGGGCGGUGGCUGUCUGGUGCAAGGCCUUUGACGAAGCUGAUCGUCGCAUCUGCGCCAGCUCUCAUGGUGGCAACGACAGCCCGUCUGGGCCGCAUGGGAUGCGUGUUGGUCUUCCGGAUGAUUACCGCCAGUUUGCCAUCCACGGCCAGAAGUUAUUGUCACAUGUGGAAAAGUACGAGAAGCGGUACAACAACAAGGGGAUCGAAAGCGUCAGGGGAAGCAUUGAGCAGCGGCUGGGAAAGAUUCCCAAACAAAUCGAAGAGCUGACGCAGACAAUUCAGCAGCUGUUGCAGAUAGGCGACAAUGGGGAGGAAAGGCCCCUGUCGGUCUUUGACCGUGUGUGCAGCGCGCCAUCGGAGUCUGAGAGGUCUGGUACUCUGAGCAGCCACGACAGCCAGAUGAGCAGCGGGCCGACCUCUCCGGGAGAAGGGCCUGACGGUGAGGGUGUUGGAGACAGCCAGUCGUCAUGGCUUGCUCCAUACCCGCGCACGAUGCAUGACUUUCCAGUGCCGCCGAUAGAUGACGACCAGGCCACAGAGGUUCCCCCAUCAAUGACAGCCACUCAGGUUCUCGUUGGAUCGCCUGAUAUGGCCUCCGAGGCCUCAUUCCCGGCAACUCCCAAGUAUCCCGAUGACUUCAAUCCCUCUACCCAGUGGUCAGCGUCUUAUACAGACUGGCGCUCCGCAAUCCCUCCUCACCGCGUUAUUCGCCGACAGGAGAGCCGUCGGUAUCGAGACCGUGUUGGAGCCUGGCGUUCCAAGGACGUUCAGGACCCGCGGGCAAUGGGCGGUGACCCGUUGCUUGGUCUCAACAUGGACGCGGCUACCGGGACGCUCCCAAGGAGAGAUACUGCUGCUUCGGGCAGCUCUCGCCCGUCGACCGCCCCCAGCGAGGCUCAGUCACGGCUCAGCAAGAUCAAGUACUCAGCCAACCGGUCGUUUACAGGAGGCCUUCGCAGGAUCAAGCAGGUCUUGCCUGCUCGCCGGUCUUCUGUAGCGUCUGUGCCUCAAGCCUCGACAGCAGCAGCAGUGCCACCGUCUAAUCGGCCACCGACCAUCUCACUAGGAAUUGACGAUCUUCAUCCUGAUAUCACGUUUUCUCAGCAAAGGCCCUUCUACAUUGACCCCCAUGGCACCAACAGCCUCCGGCCCACGGCAAACUCCAGUCCAGCCCAGCUGACAUCGCCAUUCCCGCCUCCAUCGUUUACAGGAAUCCCAACUUCCGAUCUUAUCGCUCCGCCGAACCCGUCCAACUCAGCACCAAAUCUGCCCGCGACAGCUGGUAUUGGAGUUGCUCCCGGCGUGACGGUUCGGCAAUGGAACACCACAGUGACACAACCAGACGGGACGUCUGUCAAUUCAUCGCUGCUGGAGUGGUCGAGCCCUGGAAGUUCGCCUGUCGGCCAAACAGUUUCUGGGGAUGCAGCCGAAGUACGUCCAGCGUCAUACCCUACGACGUCCGGCUUUCCUCCCCACCACCAGGGACAAGACCAUAAGCCGCAUCCUCUCCCCCCCCUACCGGUGCCAGCCCAUCCGUUCGCAGGUGCCUUGAUCAAUCACUCCCCCAUUCCAGCAGGUUACUCCUCUCAGCCGAUGUCCCGCUCCGGAUCACACCAGUCCAGCGUCAGCAUCAGCCUCAGCCCAAGUCCGGGCGGCCUUGGCAUCGUCGGGCACGCACAACAGCCACCGCCACCAUCCAGGCAGCACUCCUCCAUCCUUCCAUCCCAAUCUCCCCCUCACCACUCCUUCUUCCUGUCCAGGGAUGACAACCUCCAACCGCACCCCAACCCCGCCCUCAGCAACAGGCUAUCUCUACCCUCCUCCGCCGAAAUCCCAAUCCCCUUCGCGCUCGUCCUCCUCUUCAAGGACACCGAGUCCAUCAACCCGGCCCUCAACCCAAGUUCCCAGCCCUAA